AUGAAAGAUAUACGUCUGAAGGAUCUCCCCAGCUUUGUAAGGACUACAGAUCCAAACGACAUGAUGUUCAACUCUUGCAUGGAAGCCGUUGAGGGGGCUUCCAGAGCUUCAGCAAUUGUUGUUCAUACUUUUGAUGCAUUAGAGCAAGAUGUUCUUGAUGCUAUCAUCGGGCCCCUUGAAUUACUCCUGAAUCAAACAUCAAAUGAUCAAGAGCAUUUACAAUCGAUCGGAUACAACCUAUGGAAAGAAGAACCAGAGUGUCUACAAUGGCUGAAUUCGAAAGAACCCAACUCCGUAAUUUACGUAAACUUUGGGAGCUUAAUAGUAUUGACCCCUGAGCAGCUGAUAGAAUUUGGCUGGGGACUUGCUAAUAGUAAAUGCAACUUCCUGUGGAUAAUUAGGCCUGAUCUUGUUGCUGGUGGGUUGGGAAUUCUCCCAGAGGAGCUCAUCAUCGAAACAAAAGAAAGAGGCAUGCUAGCAAGGUGGUGUCCACAAGAACAAGUCCUGAACCACCCAUCAGUGGGCGGGUUUUUGACACACAGUGGGUGGAAUUCCACUAUUGAGAGCAUAUGUGCUGGAGUGCCUAUGCUGUGUUGGCCUCAUUUCUCAGACCAACAGACAAAUUGUAGGUACACUUGCAAUGAAUGGGAGAUUGGGAUGGAGAUUGAGAGUGAUGUUAGGAGAGACACAGUGGACAGAUUGGUGAGGGAAUUGAUUGGUGGAGAUCAAGGGAAGAAGAUGAUGAACAAAUCUAUGGAGUGGAAGAAACUGGCAGAAAAAGCUGCUGGUCCAGAUGGGUCAUCCUCGGUGAAUUUGGGCAAGUUGGUGAACAAAUUCUUGCAUGCAAGAAGCUAG